GUUAGUGGAUCCUCAAUGGGAAACUUACAGGAGCUGGGCAUUGUUCUGCUGCUCUGCAUACAAACUGCUUUAGCUCUCCGUUGUAAACAAUGUUCAUCUUACUUCAAUAAGAAAUGUAAACAUGAGGUAAAAACGUGCAUUGCAGAAGAUGGUGAAUCUUGUAUGAUUACUAGAAUCUGGGCUCUUCCUCACAGUGUGAAUGAUCCAACAGAUGGAUAUUCUGGGUGCUGGAAAAACUGUAAAAUAAGUGAUUAUGAGUACGGUGAUCAUUCAGUAUUGACAAGUUGCUGUGAUACCUACGACUUUUGCAAUGACAUCAGAGUACCAAUUGAUGAAUGGUACUAAAGAACCCUCAGAUUAUCUUAUGGCUCCUUCCUGUCUUCCUCAUCUUACUUCUGAUCCUUCCUUAAGUUUCAUUUUUACUUCAGACUAGAGACUUCUCCAGCAUCAGAAUGGAAAACCAUCGUGUAUCGUUUGUUCUUAUGUGGCUAUUAGACAAUAAAUCCACUAAAUGAU